UUGUAAGGCGCCUUUUGAUUGGCUGAGAUUGUCAAAGCGCUCGUGCAGUGAGUUGUUACUUUGUUUCUUGAACACAGAGCGUAAGCUUUGCUUUGAUUAUAAGUUUGUUCGGCUGCUACUUUUCAUUGUACUGUCUGCAUGCAGGCGUCCUUGUGUGGGGAGCCCAAUGGAGCUGGAGGGUCAGUGGUGGAAAGGAGAACUUGCAGAGGACAUCUAUCAGGCCCUGCGUUACAAAGAGCUGCGCUUGCCUGCGUACAAAGGCCAGUCUCCACAGCUGAGUCUUAGACGAUAUUUCGCAGACCUUAUUGCUAUAGUCAGCAACCGGUUCAAGCUGUGCCCUGCGGCCAGACACUUGGCUGUUUAUCUGCUGGACCUGUUCAUGGACCGCUAUGACAUCUCAGUACAGCAGCUACACAUGGUUGCGCUGUCCUGCUUGCUUUUAGCCAGUAAGUUUGAGGAGAGAGAAGACCGCGUUCCGAAGCUGGAGACCCUGAACAGUCUGGGCUGCAUGAGCUCUAUGAACCUGGUUCUGACCAAACAGGGUCUCCUGCACAUGGAGCUGCUGCUCCUCGAGACGUUUCAGUGGAACCUGUACCUCCCCACAGCUGCUCACUUCAUAGAGUACUACCUGCCGGUCGCCGUGAAUGAGACGGACCUACAUGACGGCUGGCCGAUGGUAUGCAUGGAGAAGACCAUGCUGUACAUGUCCAAAUAUGCUGACUACUUCUUAGAGGUCUCUUUACAAGACCAUGCAUUUCUGCGAUUCGUCCCGUCCCUGGUUGCUGCGGCGUGUGUGGCCUCCUCACGGGUAAUCUUGCAUUUGUGUCCGACCUGGCCUCCGUGCCUCCAGUGUCUGUCAGCGUACACCUGGGAGCAGCUGCUGCCCUGCGUGGAGAGACUUCUAAUUGCUCAUGACAGUGACGUAAAGGAAGCAAACAAGCAGAAAUGCCCGCAGUCGACUGCUCAGUCUGCACAGAUGGUGUAUCCCGUCCAGGGUCAGAGUAUGUCCUUGCAUCAGUACAUGCAGCUGCCGAACACUAUUAAUUAUUAA